AGAACGAAUUGGACAGAGGGAGUACGACGAUAGAAAAUGAAGACUGAGAGUGGUAAUUCGAGUCAAGUGAAUUCUGGGAUGGAGCAACGUUUACGGAGUCCAAAGUGCGCUAGAUGUCGGAACCAUGGUGUAAUAUCAGGUCUAAAGGGUCACAAGAGAUCGUGUGCAUGGAAGGAUUGUCGUUGUCCUUGUUGUUUGCUGGUGGUCGAGAGGCAACGAGUGAUGGCCGCGCAAGUCGCACUUCGAAGACAACAGCAAGCCCAAGGAAAUUUUUUCGGCGAAAACAUAUCGACGGUUUGUCAUACGCCAAUCGACUCAACUGGUUCACCGUAUUUACUGAAGGCUGAUCAAUCACCAGCCUGUCGAAGAGGAAAGAAUUUUCAACGUCAUCAAUUGCACUUCACUCAGACCAGUAUUAGCGUGACGCAAGGAUUUUACGGUUUGAAGACGAUUCACGGUUUACCUGCAGCAUUUACCGCAGAUGCACCACUGUUGAACGGUUUGUCACAGAAUCAAGAAUAUAAACAGGAACACGAAGAUUCGAAGAAAUUACAGGCUUAUCCAACUAUGUAUUCCACGAUUCCGUGGUUUGAACAGGUCACGGAACCACGUAAGGUAAAGAAGAACUUUAAUAAUUUCGCUUCCGCCGUGACGAAUCACAAUGAUAUUUCUGCGACGAAAAGCGGACCUUGCUUGGAAAAAAAAUCGACGAUCUCUUUUAGCGUAGAAUCUAUCAUUGGAACAAAGUGA